ACAAUUUUUAUUAGCGUCUGUUAUUUUUUGUUCUGUCAAAAAAUUACAGAAAAAUGUCUGGUGUUUGCCAGAUCGUCCGAAAUCAAGAUUUGCCCCCUCCUGGGGGCUAUAAACCUAUUCCCUACAAGAGAAUCCCGGCAACAAAAUACUUCAGCGGAUAUUUCAUGUUUGCUGGCUACUUGGGCAUGACCUUUGGUGGACUGUACCUAUACAAUAUCAACUACCAGAGGAUCAAGCGGGAUGAGAUUGAGCUGCGGUCGGCCAAGAUGGCCAUUUACCCGAUGCUGCUGGCUGAGAGAGACCGCGAGUACUUGAAGCAGCUCCGUAGAAAUAGGGAUGCUGAGGCGGAGCUCAUGCGCGAUGUGCCUGGAUGGGAGGUUGGCACCUGGUACGGAGAGCCCAUUUACAAGUUGGUCCCCAGAGACAAGCUGGUGGAGCCCAUCUUCCAUGAGUACUACGCUCAUGCAGAUCCUAAAGAGUGGUUCAAGAGGACAGACAUCAAGCUGCUAUCUUAAAUGCCAUUAUAUCCUGGUUACAAUACAUUUGCUGCAAGUUGGAGUAUCAAUGAUGAGUUACCAAUACUUUUUGAUUAUUUUUCAAAUAUUAUUUAAAUUCACAAAACCUUGUGAAUAACACCUAACUAGCUAUACAAUUGAAUUUCUCUGAAAAAUAUCUCAAUUUGGAGGUAUUGCAUACUUCACCAUUGAUAUUGAAUGAUAAACAAUUAAUUAUGUUCUCUCAGUGAUUGCAACCUAAUCUAGAGCUUUACAAAACACCUGAAAAAACUAAUUUUUUCUAAUGAUGAAACUUGUGUUAUAGCCGUCUUGAUAAAAAUGGUGUUUAAUUUUAGCUCAUUCUGAACUAAAGCAUGAAGUCCUGCGUGUGAGUACAUACUAAUCAGCAGGGUAUAUAACCAGGGACAGGGCAAACAGAAUGUGAACAUUAUAGUGAUAUCAUGAGCACCUGAAAAAUGCCAUUUGAUGUGAAUCAUUUGUUCACGCUUAUAUAUGUAGCCAAUAAACAAGUAUUAGGUGA